AUGACCGGAUUAUACGAUCUUGUGAGACUGAACAAUAGACGAUUCCGAUUAGAUGAGCCCCUUGUCAGUGCCUUCGUCGAGUGGUGGCGUCCAGAGACGCACACAUUCUACAUGCCGGUAGCCAUCCAGCUUGGGUGUGGUUCUAGGAGUUGCUUUCAGAAGUUUGUAGUUAACUGCACCUGGUUCCAGGAGACUUUUGGAGAGUGCCCCGCGGGAGCCGAUGAGGAGACAGUAAGGUGCUUUGCCCGUGCCUAUAUCAUGAUGUUGUUGGGCACCCAGUUAUUUGCCGACAAGUCUGGCAACCGUAUUCACAUUAGAUGGCUACCCUACGUAGCUAGGCUUGAUGAGAUGGGUGCAUACAGUUGGGGGUCGGUGGCACUCGCAUGGUUAUACAGGUGGUCAAGUCACAAUCCUUCCGGUAGCGAGAAGGGACCUCGAGUGCAGAUGUGGAGGCUCAUGAUAGACAUGUUACAGUCCAGGGAUCUCGCCCGACGUCCUUCAGGUUGUGCAUCCAGAGGUGUUGGAGCCUUGUCAUACGGCCCUAUGGCGGUGUGUGAUGGCACUCAUAUAUUUUGUCGUUGUAGAGUGGCAUCAGAUUGA